AUGGAGGGCGUUUUAUAUGAAUCAAAAGCUAAAAAACUAACGCUUGAUCCAGAAUCAACUUCUACGUCUUCUGCUUUGAAGUUAGAAAUAGACCAACUCAAUGUAAUCAUUCAGGAACUAAUAAAUCAAGGUAGUGAUGUACCUCCAGUUCCCACCCAAGAAAAUUUCAAUAAAGAUUUAUCCAAAAUGAUUAAGAAACUAUACGAUGGUGGUGUUCAAUCAUUCAAAAUGGGUAAAUUUGAAGAUAGUGUACGUCAAUUUUCAGUUGGUAUAGAAAUGAUUCAAAGAAGACCCAAAUUGGAAAGUUUUGCUGGUACGAUACAAGAGCUUUCAAAAUUCCUAAUGAGUAGAUGUGAUGCUUAUUUGAAAACAAAGCAAUACUUACAGGCUUAUAAUGAUGUUGAUUUACUUUUGAAUAUGCAAAUGAAUGCUCCUGAUAAUUUCUUAAGAAGAGGUGUUGCUAAUUAUUUUUUGGGUAAUUACGAAUUAGCUAGAGCUGAUUAUCAAAGAGGUUUAGCUUUUGAUGAAAAUCAUCCAAGAUUACAACAUGAAUUAACCAUUUGUUUAGAUAAGAUAUUGGAAGAAAACGGAGAUCACUUGUAA